UCCACCUGACAUGUUUCCACCGGACCCGUGAAUGACACGGACCCGUUCAAGAUGUCAGUUGAGAAGGAGAAGGAGAAGGAGAAGGAGAGCACAAGUGUGAAUGACAGUGAGGGCAACGACAAACUACGCAUGAUUAAAGGUGGUGCUUUUCUCACGACGGUGGCGACUGCUGGCAUGAUUGCAGGGUUUGGUUCCACCCUUGCAAUGGCUAAGAAGAAGAGUCCUGAAUGGUUCAAUAAGGGUAUAGUAGGCACUGCUGCGGUACCAGAAAGUGGUGCGUCAUUAGCGUUGCGGGCACUGAGCUUGGGUUCACUCUAUGCCUGGUGUGGAGUUGGCAUUCUCAGUCUCACAAUUUGGAAGGCCAUGGGGGUCCACAGUAUGAAGGAAUUUCGUCAGAAAAUGCAAUCCAUUUUCCCUGCCAUCCCCAAAAAUGAAGAGAUCUCGCCUCCAUUCGACUGGGAAUCCAUCUUCAAGUCAAAAUGAAAAGAAAGGAAACAUAAUCAUGGAGAACACACAGACUUAACUGACUUUUUGGCAAUAAUUGAUAUCAGAAGGUCAGUCCAUGUCAAGUGUGAGGGUACAGUUCAGUUCAAUCAGCCAUUUUUGACCCUGCAAAUUGGAUUGAGUAUGCAGUCAUGACGCUGGAGAACUGAAAGCCGGGGGAUUUGAACUUGAUUUUGUUUGCCUUCAUCUCGAAGAAGUGCCACACGCAAACCUUGAACCAAGAGACUUUUGCAUCCAUUCCCCAAAGCCUAUUGCAGUCACAAGUGUGGCAUUGUUUCAGUUUGUGUAUGUCAACUGUUAUGCAGUGUAAUAUAAAAAUAAUAUGGGCACCCCCUUCUAAUUAUUGGGUUUGGCUAUUCUAGUAAUUCCAGUGAAAACAAAUCCUAAUACUACGAAACACAGUGACAUUCUAAAACAUUUGAGCUUCCAACGUUGUUGCAACAGUUUAUGGAGGGCCCAUUUCUGCUCCAGCAGGACAAUGCUCCUGUCAUCAAAGAGAGCUGCAUCAAAAAUGGUGAUGUGAAAGAAAAUGCCUGACCUGCAGAAAGCCCAGACCUGAACUCUGUUAAACACCUUUGGGAUGAAUUGGAAUGGCAACAGCGAGUCAGAUCCCAUCAUCCAACCUCAACUCAGAUCAUUUCUAUAUGUACCUCGCCUAAAGGCCCUUGCCCAACUUGAAAGCACAUAAUUCACUAGAAUGUCAAUAUAUUCUGUUGUAUUCAAAUUGGCUUUCACAAAAUAACUUAAUAGCCAAACACGCUAACUAGUAGUGUGUGUGUCUGCCUACUUUUGGCCAUACAGUGUAUCUCAAUUAUUAGUAUUAUUUUACUAACAUUUGUCAGGUCCAGUGCAGCCCUUAUUUUUGGAACAUUUGUGGGCCUGACAAAUAUUACUGCCCUUUAUAUGGUGGUGCUUAUACUUUAAAUGAAUCAAACUAUAACUGUGAUAAAUUGUCAUCAUGUGGUUUGGAGGUAACAAUAAAAGCAUUUUGUAAUGCAUUUUUUUUUAUUAUUAUUAUUUUGGAAAGUUGUUUACAAGCUGUCUGAAAAGUAAAAUUUCUUAGAAAAGAGGGAUAAGAGCAAAGAUAUUUUUUGUUGGGCCCUGCAGCGACUUAUGAAAAGCUAUGAAAAUGGCAGUACUCCCCGGAGUUCACCAAUGUGUGUGUGUUUGUAAUGUUUUCUGCACAUUUAAAACGUAAUCUGGUUAAUCUGAUGUUGUGCUCAUAUUGAUGUGACAGCUGCAGCACAGAGCCCUGGGUAAACUGGCAAAAAAUUUACCCAUCAACCUUAACUGCCAGUGAAUGAUUUUUUUUUUUCUUCAAUUGCUUUAUAAAUAAUAUAAUAUUGAGGAUACAUAAAGUUGGGUUCAAAGGUGAUAAAACCACACUGGAAAUCUGAGAUCAAAAAUCAAAUUAAACCUUGAAGUUGUAUAACUUUGAAAGAUGUAAAACAAAGUUUCCAAUCAAAUUAUGCUGAUAAUAUGAUUAGUAACGAAAAGGUUUUUAUUACAUUUAUACAAAUGCAAAAUAAAAGCCUUUUCACUAGUGGUCUCAAACUUUUGGAAACUUCAUUUAUGUAUGAGCUAAAAAGUAGUAGUUCACCCCAAAAUUUAAAUUCUCCCAUUUAUGAUGGCCACUCCAGAUGUGUAUGAUUUUCUUUCUUCAGCAGAACACCAAUGAAGAUUUUUCGAAGAAUAUCUCAGCUACGUAGGUCCAUACAAAGCAAGUGAAUUGUGAACAGGCCUUUGCAGGUCCAAAAUGCAGAUAAAGUCAGCAUAAAUGUAAUCCAUCAGACUCUAGUAGUUUAACCUCAUGCUACCCCGAGUCCACAUGCGUGGAUGUUGUAUAUUUUCUUUGCUAUAUGCAAUGCAUAAUUUAAAUUAAUUUAAACUGACAGAAUACUGCUCACAAGACUCUAUACUGUAAUUUAAGGGUUAAACUUUGCACUGUGUGACACAACAGCAUGGUGUUGAUUUCCUUGAAGGGCUUUUAUGGGCGCAGAGCCCAAAAAAGGUAUUUUCAUUGAAACCUGUUUGGUUGUAAAGAGUAGUGUGUCUAGUUUCGUUUGAUAUGUCGCUUUAAAAAAAUCUACUUUUGCUUAAUUUUAAUAUAAAAAUAUUUUUUAUUAACAUUAUUAAAUGCAUUCCUACAUUUAUUGUGCAUUUUCACAAUACAUUUUGCUUUCAGAGGCUUUAUAUUAUGUUCUGGAUGGAAAUAAGUGCAUUUGGAAAUGUUCUGAGACCAAAGCAGACAGACUGGAGGUUAAGUCAUUCAUUAAAUAGGGAGCAAGGGAGAAUCCUAUAUAAGUGCUCCUAAAAGUAAAACAAAAAUUUGACAAAGUUUAGUUUCAGGCUGUAGAUGAUGUUUAGAACAUGUUUGGCAGACAUGGAACUAUUGUAAGCAGUACAUAGAUUCAGAAUUUACUAUGUAUAAUGUUUUAUAAACAUGGGUGGCAGUGAUGGGAUGAUGAAAAAGGAGAUAUAUUUUGGUCUGUUCCCACUGGAUUGCUUCAGAAGACAUUGAUUAAACCACUGGAGUCGUAUGGAUUACUUUUAUGCUGACUUUUUCUCUUUUUUUUUUGGAGCUUCAAAAGGCCUGUUCACCAUUCACUUGCAUUGUAUGGACCCACAGAGCUGAGAUAUUCUUCUAAAAAUCUUAAUUUGUGUUCAGCAGAAGUAAGUCAUAUGCCUCUUAGAUGACAUGAGGGUGAGUACAUUAUAUGAGAAUUUAAAUUUUUGGGUGAACUAAACCUUUUAAAGGUAUAGUUGAACCAGAAAUGAGAGUUCUGUCACUAUUUACCCCUUAUGUUGUUCCAAAACUGUAUGUCUUUCUUACGUGGAACACAAGAGGAUAAACCUUUGUGAAUUUCAGUCGCUAACAUUCUGCCUAACAUCUCGAGUUCCACAGAAGAAAGAACAACAUAUAUGACAGAAUUUUCAUUAAUAGGUGAACUAUCUGUUAUAAGUAUGUAGUUCAUAACCUUUUUGGGCAAGUUUAGAGUUAAUUUUAAAUGUUCUGAUGCUCAAAAAUAAAGACACAACACUCAAGAACAACGUUCACAGUGCUUGACCAAAUUUCAUGUACAUUUACUUUGAACAUGUGGAACAUGUAUAAAGACUUUAUACUGAAUAAACAAUGGUCAUCAAAAUCAUAUGGAGCUAAAAGAGCUUACAUAAAGAGUUCAUCGUCAUUUUAGGGUAACUUUCAUUUUCACAUUGAAUUACAUUUACGCCAUCAGACCGUUUUUCAGUUAGACUGUAAUUUAUGAAAUCUAAGGCCACUAGAGGGAGCCAUUGCUAUCUCCAUUAUAGGACACAUGGCAUUCGUAUAGGACACGUUAUUACAUUAAAAACAGACAGAGCACAACUGAACUGAAAAGAAGAUGUGUUCUUUAAAAACAGAUAGACCAAUGAACUAAACAGAAAAUGCGUUCAUACACAUAUAACUCCCAUACACCAUUGCUAAAGUACACAAUACAUUUGAUUGAUUGAGAUGAUUAUCCCAAUCCAUUUUGAUCUGAUUGGUCCAUUGUUUUCAAACUGGCAUUACAUUUUUAACUUGGCUCUCAUUGCAUGAGAUGCGGCUAAAGAUGUCAGUCAGAAAUGUAAUAUCAUUAAAAAAUAACAGACUUAAUGCGUCCUAUAUGAACUGCCUCUUACACAUUAGAAGACUACCCUCACCUAUAAUGACAUAAUAUUAAUUUGCAAAAUGUCAAUAGCAUGUAGCAUUAACUACUCAAUUUGUAUAAUACCACAUCUCUUGGAGGAAAAAAAAAGAAAACUUGAAAAUGGGCCCAUAUAAUAUACAGUUCCUAUAUACAAAUCGACCCGUGGGUAUAGAAUAGAGAGGAAGGGUAACCGAAGCUCUUUAAGUUCACUGUUAGAGAGACAAACCUUUUUGUGCUGCGCUAAUAUGGAAGCAAGUCAGUUUAGAACCAACAUUCACUUGACCCUCAGAUACUGAUGUGGUUAAACAGUGCAACACUGGUAGUCAGAUCUAAACAUCACUUGUGGUCAUUCACAUUUAUCAUCUCCCUUCUGAGCCAGCUAAAACUAUUGCACAAUGCUUUUUUCAGAGCUGUAUACACGUAUGUCUUAAAUUCAGUGUUUAUUUUUUUCUUUUUUUUUUCUUUUAUCGCAACACAUUGCAAGAGAAAUUCUAUCUACAACAUUUCUCACAAUUAAAUAAAUCUGCAUUCCCCAAAUAAAGUCCCACAAAAAACCAAAAAAAAAAAA